UGUAGUAUCGGUAGUAUCGACCGAAACUAUUUACAUGACACUAUGUAUUAGGACAUGCUAUUUUAAUUCAUUUAAGGCGAAAAAGAAAGAGGAAGUUCUUUAUUUCUAAAAAAGUGGUUUCCUGAAAAUCUAAUCGACAGAAGUUUUAUUGAGAGAAACGCUAUGACGGAUCAAUUUCUUGUUGCUGGUAUCGAUUUUGGAACAACAUACUCCGGAUGGUCAUAUUCGUUUAAACACGAGUUUGACCUUAACCCAACAAACGUCGCGACGAAACAUUGGCAUGGAGAACAACUUGUUUCCUCAAAAGCACCAACAUGUGUCCUGAUUGAACCUGACGGGAAGACGUUUUCUGCAUUUGGAAACGAUGCUGAAACAAAGUAUUCUCAAUUAGCAGGAAAUCCCGCAAUAUGUCAGAAAUGGUAUUUUUUUAGGAGAUUCAAGAUGAAAUUAUACAACAAGACAAUUAAAAGGGAGAUGGAAAUUGAAGACGAAACAGGAAAAAAAGUAAAGGCAACUACAGUUUUUGCUGUUGCUAUAUGUUACCUGAAAAACGACUUUUUAAGCAUUAUCAAUGAUCGAAUAUCAGGUGUAAUCAAUCCUGCUGAAAUUGUCUGGGUUCUAACAGUACCGGCAAUUUGGGAUGAUGGCGCUAAGCAGUUUAUGAGAGAAGCGGCAGUGGAGGCAGGAAUUCCUGCGGAAAAGUUGACCAUUGCGCUCGAGCCGGAGUCUGCCUCCAUUUAUUGCCGCAAUUUGCAACUAGAAAGAAGUGGUGGAGAACAUACAUUGUCCACAUUGAAAAGUGGAACCAAGUUCUUAGUUGUCGAUGCAGGAGGUGGCACUGUUGAUAUAACUGUCCAAGAGAUUACCACAAAUGGGGCCAUGAAAAACAUCUACAAAGCCAGUGGGGGAGAUUGGGGAGGAACGAAAGUGGACGAUGCAUAUAUCAAAUUCCUAGCUGAUGUUGUUGGAAAUGAAACACUGCUGGAGUACAAAAGAACACACAUGGAAGACUACUUAUAUUUGAUUUCCGAUUUCGAGGUGAAAAAAAGGGCUGUUAACUUAUUACAGAGCAAUAUUACUGUGACGUUGAGAAUCUCUGUAACCUUGUCAGAACUUGUGCAGAAAAUCAAAGGCAAGACUUUAGAAGAUCUUCUAAAGGAGUCGCAACAUUCAAGCGAGGUUUCGUUAUCUAGGGACAAAUUAAAGUUUGAAAUUGGGUUCUUCGUGACAUUUUUUAAGCCACAGAUAGACUCCAUCAUUGAUCACGUAUCCGGAAUAGUGGAGCAGCAAAACGUUAGCGAGAUUGAAGCCAUUGUUUUAGUGGGAGGGUUUUCGAAAUGUCUUUUACUCCAACAAGCUUUUAAGUCGAAAUUUAAAAGCUUUAAGAUCAUCGUUCCAAAUGAUGGUGACCUCGCUGUUUUGAAAGGCGCCGUGAUAUUUGGACAUAAGCCCGAGUUGAUUUCCCAGCGAGUGAGCAGAUACACGUAUGGCGUAGAAUCACUAUUCCCUUUUAUUGAAAAUGUUCACAAAGAAUCUUAUAAAGUGAUUUGCGAAGAUGGGAAGCCUGGAUGCGAACAUUUGUUUGACAAACACAUAACAUCUGGGCAGUACCUCGACGUUGGUGAAGCACAGGUUAAACAAGUUUACACACCAUCGACUUCAUGGCAAACAUAUAUGCCAUUCCCUGUGUAUUGCACACUUGAUCAGAAUCCAAUGUACACGACAGAUGACGGAUGCCACUAUGCUGGGACACUAACCGUUCCCUUUGAAGGAAGUGGUUUGGAUCGAGAGGUCGAUGUGAGGAUGAUUUACGGAGGUACGGAGAUAGAAGUUGAGGCCACUGAGGUUGCCACGGGGAAAGUGCAUCGCAUUAAAGUUGAUUUUUUGAGCUAAACUUUUAGAAAAAGUUCUUAACAUUUGGUAUUUUAGAAUAUCCUAUAAACUGGAACUCUAACAUUGUUUUGUUUAUUUGAAUCUUACUCAUUUCUCAGUUAAAAAAAAUAAAAUAAAAGAUUGUCUUUUUAGAUGUGAUUUUUACCAAAUCGGGUUUAUUUGACAAUAAACGUGUGAAGGACAUGUCAUAGGCCAUGCGACGGCUUUAAAAAGAUCGUUUAAAUAUUGUUCUUUGUUGAUACUCUCAAUUUCAGAUAGCAAUGUCCCCAGCGAAUCUGCCUUUUAAAAUGUAUUAAGUAUGUAGGGACUAAUGUGACAGAUACAUGUACAUGUACGUUGCAUUAUUGCGAAUGAGGUGUGUAUAAUCCAUUUAAACAUUUAUUUCGAAAAUAUAUGUAUGGACAUAUAAGUCAAUAUCAAUUAGUUUAAAUCUUUUUGAUUAUAUUCUUGUGUGUAAAUUGAUUGCUAUCAAAAUAUUUUAGUAAUGAUAUAGCUAUU